AUGGUCAAGUUCAAUGCCAUUGCCGCCUUUGCGGCCUCAAUUGCCGCUGCCUCGGCGCAAACGUACCAGCGUCUGGGCACAUGUCCUACGCUUGGUUGCGUUCUUCCCCCGGACCAAAGUGAUUUCCUUCCCGGACAACUCUUUGACUUCCGUGUCGAGGUCCACGCUCCCGUCAAUGGCUCUGAGGCCGCCCACGAUGGCAAGCCCGACCAGAAGUUCAAGGUGACCAUUGCCAAGGAGGGCGAGAAGGCCAAGGACUUUGCAAAGGCAUUCGGCCUCAAGGAGCCCAAGGUCGAGACAUGGAAGUUUGACUGGUAUGAGGACCUCUUCGCUGAGGACCAAAACAAGCCAAGCAUUGUCAACGUUGCCUCCAAGAUCUACCGCAAGAUCUCCCUCAACGAGCCCGGCAAGUACACCGUUACUCUGAACUACUACAACGGCGAGAAGACCACUGCCGAGUGGACUGUUCGCCCGCUCCAGACCAAGCGAAAGGCCAAGAACGUCAUCUUCUUCAUUGGUGACGGUAUGACCACGAACAUGAUCACCGCUGCUCGUCUCUUGGGACACAAGAGCAUCAACGGAAAGUACCAGACUCUGAUGAAGCUGGACGAGUUCCCUGUGCUCGGUCACCAGAUGACCCACUCGAUCGAUAGCUACAUCACCGACUCUGCCAACUCUGCUUCCGCUCUGUACAGUGGCCACAAGAGCACUGUCAAUGCUAUGGGUGUCUAUGCCGACUCUUCUCCCGAUCCCUUUGACGACCCCAAGGUUGAGACUAUUGUCGAGAUCUUCAAGCGUAUUUGGGGCGGUGCCUGGGGUGCUGUUUCUACCGCCUACCUUGCCGACGCUACCCCCAUUGCUCUCACCGGUCACACCCGUCUUCGAGGCCAGUACGGUCCUCUGAUUGACCAGGCUCUCAACGGAAACAGCAACUACAGCUGGACCAAGCACGAGGGUCCCGAUGUUUUCUUCGGUGGUGGCGCUGAGAACUUCAUUGCCGGUAAGGGCUCCUACCAGGGCAAGGACUACUACAAGGAGUUCCAGAAGAAGGGUUAUACCGUUUCCCACAACAAGACCUCUCUCCUCAAGGCUGACAAGAGAAAGCGUGCUCUCGGUGUCUUCUGCCGAAGCAACCUUCCUGUCUGGCUUGACCGCAAUGUCUUUACUGACAACAUCGAGGGUCUCGAGAAUGACCCAACUGGCAAGGAGGCCGAUGCUACUGACCUGCCCGGUCUUAAGGACAUGACCCUCAAGGCCAUCGACGUUCUUAGCACCCGUGGGAAGGACAAGGGUUUCUUCCUCAUGUCCGAGGCUGCCUCCAUCGACAAGCAGAUGCACGCUCUCGACUACGACCGUGCUCUUGGUGACCUUCUCGAGCUUGACGACACUGUUCGUGCUACUAUUGAGAAGCUCAAGAAGCUUGACAUCCUCGACGAGACCCUCGUCAUUGUCUCUGCUGACCACGGUCACGGUUUCGAUGUCUGGGGCUCUGCCGAUACCGAGUAUCUCUCUGAGCAGGAGGACGACCGUGCCAAGCGCCGUGCCAUUGGUACCUACGAGAAGUCCGGCCAGUCUCAGUACACCAAGAAGGCCAAGGGCAUCAACUACGGCACCGGCGCCAACUUCCCUACCAACUGGGAGCCCCGAUAUGCUAUCGCAGGUGGAGUCGGUGCUGCCCCCGACCGCCGCGAGAACUACAAGGUCCACAAGAGCCCUCGUGAGGCCGCCGUCGAGCUCAAGGACGGAGACUACUACGUCAACCCUGAGGAUGCUCCCGAUGGCUUUGUUAUCAACGGCACCAUCAGCACUGAUAACAGCCAGGGUGUUCACUCGCUGACUGAUGUCCCCGUCUACGCUCUUGGUCCUUGCCAGGACACCUUCGGUGGCACAUACAGCAACAUCGAUAUCUUUUACAAGAUCGCCAACUGCCUUGGUCUUGCUCAAGGCCAGAAGCACGGCUACUAA